AUGGCCACAGAAGAGGAGGAAUUUCUCACCAAAGAUGGGACUGUGGAUUAUGAAGGGAAUCCUGCUGAUAAGAGGAAAACUGGAACCUGGAAGGCCUGCCCCUUCAUCAUAGGAAAUGAAUGCUGUGAGAGAUUGGCUUACUAUGGCAUGAGCUCCAACCUCGUGCUUUACUUCAAGAACAAGCUCAACCAAAGCAGCGCCACUGCUACCAAAAACAACUCUAACCGGGGCGGAACAUGCUACAUUACACCUCUCCUAGGAGCAUUUCUAGCCGAUGCUUAUCUCGGUAGAUACUGGACGAUUGCUGGUUUCUCAAUCAUCUAUGUUUUUGGGAUGACGCUUCUGACAAUGUCAGCAUCAAUGCCUGGCCUGAGACCAGCAUGUACUGCAGAGGACAAGUGCCAAUCCACUGAUGGCCAGAGCGCGGUUUUCUUUGUAGCUCUCUACAUGAUAGCUCUGGGAACGGGUGGGAUCAAACCUUGUGUGUCUUCCUACGGGGCUGACCAGUUUGAUGAUGCUGACACGGUUGAGAAGGAGCACAAGGCUUCUUUCUUCAACUGGUUCUACUUUUCCAUCAACGUAGGUGCCUUAAUUGCUAGCUCUGUGCUGGUUUGGGUCCAGGACAAUGUGAGCUGGGGAUGGGGUCUUGGGAUUCCAGCCAUGGCGAUGGCGAUUGCUGUUGUUAGCUUCUUUUCAGGUACUCGAAAGUAUAGGUAUCAGAAACCUGGAGGAAGCCCUCUCACGCGUAUCUGUCAGGUCAUGGUGGCCUCCUUCAGAAAGUACAGAGUUAGUGUCCCCGAUGACAAAUCCCUCCUCUAUGAGAUUGCUGACUCUGAAUCCAACAUCUCCGGAUACCGAAAACUUGACCAUACCGAAGACUUCAGAUGUAUUGACAAAGCAGCUGUGGAAACAGAGAAAGACCAGAUAAAGGAGGCAGCAAUGGACCCAUGGAGGCUCUGCACCGUAACCCAGGUGGAGGAAUUCAAGGCAAUCAUCCGCCUGCUCCCCAUAUGGGCGACUGGGAUAGUGUCCGCUGCAAUGUACAGCCAAAUGGGCAACCUCUUUAUCCUCCAAGGGGACACAAUGGACAAGCGAUUGGGCCACUCCAAGUUCAAGAUCUCAGCAGCGAACGUCUCGGUGUUCGACACACUCAGCGUCAUCUUCUGGAUCCCAAUCUACGACAGGAUCAUCGUCCCGGCUGCCAGGAAAUUCACGGGCCACAAAAACGGGUUCACCCAGCUCCAACGAAUGGGAAUCGGGCUCGUCAUCUCGACCUUCUCCAUGGUCUGUCCGGCGAUCCUGGAGCUCAUCAGGCUGAGGAUGGUGAGGAAGCACAACUAUUACGACCUCGACUCGGUCCCCAUCUCCAUAUUCUGGCAGGUCCCGCAGUAUUUCCUGAUGGGCUGCGCUGAGGUGUUCACCAACAUUGGGCAGCUGGAGUUCUUCUACGAGCAGGCGCCUGAUGCAAUGCGGAGCUCGUGCUCGGCCCUUUCCUUGACGACUAUAGCGCUGGGGAGUUACCUGAGCUCCCUGCUGGUCACCAUUGUUACUGGUUUGACCACCAGAGGAGGGAAGCCUGGGUGGAUUCCUGAUAACUUGAACUAUGGACACGUGGAUUACUUCUUCUGGCUGCUGGCGGGUCUCAGCUUUGUCAACUUGGUGGCAUUUGUGGUAAUUGCUAGACGUUAUACCUACAAAAAGCCGGUGGGUACAUUGCGUUAG